AUGCAGGCACCCAAGGGGCAUUCUCGAACUAGAACUUCCGAUUCCAAGCUUCCGAAGGCUUGCGUUUGUCUGGUCGCUCAUCAAUGCCCACAAGUGAACAGGAAGAAAUACGUAUCAGUGCGUAUUGACAGCACACCUGUUCGUCUCCAGCUGGACACGGCAUCAGGCAUCACGAUCAUCUCAAAAAGAACCUGGAAAUUGCUUAGCAGCCCAGCAUUUACCAGGACCAAACAAGAUGCACUCACUGCAUUCGGGAGUUUACUGAAACUCUCUGGUGAGUUCAAAUGUACCAUGACUCUUGACUGUAUCAAUCUAUACCCUUUGCGUGGUUCCUGCGAACCUCUCGAUAUUAUUCGUCUCACUCUAAGUUACUGUGUCUUACCCGCGGCGGCGGCAAGCGUCACCAGUGCGCUGAUGUGUUGUGAAGCGAGACGACGGCUGAUAGCAGUUCAACAGAGGACGCCGUCAGCAAACAGAACGGAUGAUGACUGUCCCAGCGCUGGUCAGCCGGACAACCCGAGUAAUAAAACACAUCCCGAGGGACCUCACAAGUGUUUGGUGUGCGGCAAAUCCUUCCGUCGCCUGUCAGCAGCUAAGAGACACCAGGAAGUGCGAGCUGAUGAUCUGAAUAGUCAGUGUAGCUGGUGCGAAAAGUCGUUCCCGAAUGAGCGUUGCUUGCAGCAUCACAUGAGGCGACUUCAUUUUUCGGGAGACAAAAAGCCUUUCGGAGCAUCCAGUAAACGAGUGCAAGAAUCACAGCUAAGAGAAAACGCAUGUCCCAAGUGCGGAAAAUGCUUUUCGGAUUGGUGGAUUCUGUUGCGGCAUGUGAAACAGUUACAUGGUGAGGCACAACAUCAACAAUGCGAGGAGUGUGGGGCCUCUUUCCGCCGGAAAUCAGAUUUAGAUCGUCAUACAAGAACCGUGCACAGAAAGCAAGGCCAGCACAUGUGUGAGCAAUGCGGUUUAAUCUGCUCUCGUUCAGAUAUUCUCAGGAGACAUGUUGCAAGGAAGCACAUUGAUCAGCCGGACGACAAACGACUUACUGAUGAGAAACAGCCGGAGUAA